UCCAGCCACCCAACUUCAAUUUUUCGUCCACAAACAAGAGCUAUGUUUGCAGAAGCUGAAAAACUCAGUCAUGUAUUUCCCUGCCCAUCUCUUUGGCCUUAUCAGAGCGGACCUUCUCUGCCUUGCAUCGCGUGAAAACAUGGCUACGCAAUACCAUGACCCAGAUGAGACAAACUCACUUCUCCCUUAUGCAUGUCCACAUUGACAUUUUGAACUCAUUGGACAUCCAUGCCCUGAUGAGAGACUCCAUUUCCGUAACACAUCAGCACAAGGCCACAUUUGGAUUAUUAUAACCACCUGAGCACCUGGCCUGCAGCUCAAGCCAUGACCACUAGACUCCUGUGGAGGGCCCUGUGCCUGCUGGCCCUGCUCUGCACCAUCUCACACUUGAGCUCCGCCGACAACUACCCAGACCCCUCAGCCCCAGAGCAGGGAGUCACCUUCAGCCAUGUCUAUAAAAUUGACAUCCCAGGGAGCUCCACUUGUAAACUAGAACGCCUGCCAGCCCAGGAUGAAGCAGGUCUGCAGACAGAGACCACUACGAAUGGAGAAAACGACAUCAUCUUCAAACACAACAUCAGGCUGCAGACGCCAAAGUGUGACUGUGAAGAGUCUGAAAGUUUCAAGUCCUUGAUGUACAGAGUCAAUGGGCUGGAAGAAGAAGUCAACUACUUAAAGACCCAGUGUACUCAGGGCUGUUGUGGAAGAGGUGGUGCUGCAGGUGUGGACACGAGCUGUAGUGGCCAUGGUACCUACCAACACGACACCUGCAGCUGCCUCUGCAACCCCGGAUGGGAAGGCCCAGAUUGCUCAGUGUCCUCCUGCCCGGACGAGUGCAAUGACAACGGCCGAUGUGUGGAUGGGAAGUGUGUGUGCCAUCAGGGCUACACAGGAGAUGACUGUAGCCAGCUGAUGUGUCCAGACAAUUGCAACGACAAAGGACACUGCGUGGAUGGAAAAUGUGUGUGUUUCCCACACUUCACCGGCGAAGACUGCAGCGUCCAGAAGUGUCCUAAUGACUGCAUCGGUAAUGGCCAGUGUGUUGACGGCCAGUGCAUCUGUGAAGAAGGCUUUUAUGGGGAGGACUGUUCAUUAGUCUUCGGCCCACAGGGUCUGCGGGUUGUUAAGGUGACUGACAUCUCUCUCCUGGUGGAGUGGGAGUCCGUUCGUGGGGCAGAGCAUUACAUUCUGACAUAUCAUCCCAAAGGCGAUGAGAGUGCCUUGGAGCAGGUUCGGAUUCCCAACACAGAGAACUCCUACCUCAUCACAGGACUGACUCCUGGGGUCACUUACAUUGUCCAGGUGUAUGCAGUCAUCAAAGAAGUCCAAAGUGAAGCAGACAAGAUUGAGGCUACCACAGAUGUCUCAGCUAUUGAUGGUAUCCGAGUUCUCGGCCAGACAGAAGUCUCUAUUCAGGUGGAGUGGAAGAACCCACCGACUGAAGUAGAUCACUUCAGGCUCACACACACUGACCCAGAAGGACAGGAGGAAGAGCUGAGCGUACAGAGGAGCCAGGAGGCACGCACCAAACACACUAUUGUGGGUCUGUAUCCAGGAACAGAGUACCUGAUCUCAGUGCAGGCCAUCAAAGGAACGACUGAGGGGAAGGCGUCCUCUGUCACUGGUGCCACAGACAUUGAUGCACCGACAAACCUUGUCACCACCGAGGUAACGGAGGACACUGCAACAGUCUCAUGGGAUCGAGUCCAGGCAGAAAUAGAGGGCUACAUGCUGAGCUACACCUCUGCUGGGGGCUCCAGCUCAGAGAUCCCUGUAGGUCGUGAUAGCACCUCGUACAAGCUGGUUGGCUUGAAGCCUGGAGUUCUCCACACGGUCUACAUCUGGGCCUUCAAGGGAGACAAAGUCGGCAGGAAGGGUUCAACAGAAGCGGAAACAGAGCUGGAUGCCCCUACUAACGUCUUGGCCCAUGAUGAGACAGAGUCCAGCUUCAGUGUGUCCUGGGAUCACAGUCAGGCAGAAAUCGAUGGCUACAUCCUAACCUACAGCUCUUCUGAGGGCUCAAGUGAGGAAAUUCCAGUGGGAUCUGACCGUACUUCUUACAAUGUCACUGGCCUGAGGCCCGGGAUCAUCUACACUCUCUACAUCUGGGCUGUCAAGGGGGGCAAGGCCAGCAGAAAGAUCUCAACACAAGCUGAGACAGAACUGGAUGCUCCUGCUAACCUCUUAGCCCGAGAUGAAACGGAGUCCAGCUUCAGCGUCUCAUGGGAUCGGGUCCAGGCAGACAUUGAUGGCUACAUCCUAACCUACAGCUCUUCUGAGGGCUCUAGUGGGGAAAUCCCCCUGGGGCCUGACAGCACCUCUUACAGUCUGACUAGCCUGAAGCCAGGAGUCCUCUACACUGUGUACAUCUGGGCCAUCAAGGGGAACAAAGCCAGCAGGAAGAUCUCAACACAAGCUGAGACAGAACUGGAUGCUCCUGCUAACCUCUUAGCCCGAGAUGAAACGGAGUCCAGCUUCAGCGUCUCAUGGGAUCGGGUCCAGGCAGACAUUGAUGGCUACAUCCUAACCUACAGCUCUUCUGAGGGCUCUAGUGGGGAAAUCCCCCUGGGGCCUGACAGCACCUCUUACAGUCUGACUAGCCUGAGGCCAGGAGUCCUCUACACUGUGUACGUCUGGGCCAUCAAGGGGAACAAAGCCAGCAGGAAGAUCUCAACACAAGCUGAGACAGAACUGGAUGCUCCUGCUAACCUCUUAGCUCGAGAUGAAACAGAGUCCAGCUUCAGCGUCUCAUGGGAUCGGGUCCAGGCAGACGUUGAUGGCUACAUCCUAACCUACAGCUCUUCUGAGGGCUCUAGUGGGGAAAUCCCAGUUGGGUCUGACAGCACCUCUUACAGUCUGACUGGUCUGAGGCCUGCAGUUCUCUACAAUGUCUACAUCUGGGCUUUCAAGGGGAACAAAGCCAGCAGGAAGAUCUCAACACAAGCAGAGACAGAUAUUGAUGCCCCCAAGGACCUGAAGGCUACAGAUGUUACACCGGAGUCUGCUUCUUUGACCUGGGUUCCUCCACUGGCCGACAUUGAGGGUUACAUCCUCACCUACAGAGAUGAGGAUGGCAACAUGGAGACUGUUGAAAAGCAGCUGGGAGCCAGUGAGAGCAGUUUUGCUGUAUCCAGUCUGGAGAUGGGGAAGAGGUACAUUGUCACCAUCAUCGCCUACAGGGGCAGCAGGAGGAGCAAGGUGGUGGAGACCAUCUUUAAGACAGUUGGCCUCCUGUACCCCUUCCCCAUGGACUGCGUUCAGAUCCUGAGGAAUGGCAAUAAGCAGAGCGGCAUUUACAUCGUUUAUAUCAACAAUAACCAGUCCAAACCUAUUGAGGUCUACUGCGACAUGGACACUGAUGGAGGCGGCUGGCUGAUGCUCCAGCGUCGUACCACUGGCAAGCUGGACUUCAUGAAACGCUGGAGACAGUACAUAGCAGGUUUUGGCAACAUGACAGAUGAGUUCUGGAUUGGUCUGGAUAAGAUAUAUGAGCUUACCAACACUCCUACUCAAUAUGAGUUGCGGUUUGACUUGGGCGUGGGCUCAGAGAGGGCAUACGCUGUAUAUGACAACUUCAAGAUUGCUCCAGUCAAGCAGAAGUUCAAACUCACUAUUGGCAAAUACAGUGGGACAGCAGGUGAUGCCAUGACCUACCACCAGGGCCGACCCUGGACUACUGUGGAUUCGGACAAUGACAUCGCCCUGGGUAACUGUGCCCUGACCCACCGUGGCGCCUGGUGGUACAAAAACUGUCACCUGGCCAACCUGAAUGGAAAAUGGGGAGACAGCAGACACAGUUUGGGAGUGAAUUGGGAACCAUGGAAGGGCCACCUGACAUCCCUCGACUUCACAGAGAUGAAGAUCCGACCUUUGGGAGCCCUGUCCAGCAGGAAGAGACGGUCGUUGUUGGCCAGAGAGAAGAACAGAAACAUGAAUCUUCAAAAGAAAUUAAAGAGCACCUCUUUCUAAAACCACAUCAUCUGUCUUCAGCCAUGUUAACCUGCCAUCACACUAGACUGGGAUUUAUCUCCUUAUUAGUGUAGCUUGGAUCACCUGUUUUGGUCCUCUGACCACACAGGAAGUCCCACUGGUCUACAUGCCUCUGUGUCUCACACUUGGACAAUAUGUACUCUUUAUUUGGGAGGUAGGCAAAGAGAGAAAAGCUCAUAUGCAAUAGUAACUUAUUUUCUGUUUAUCUACAGUGAGAGUCAUCAAAAAUUCCUAGGUUUAGUGUGAUUGUGGGAAAGCGGCAAAUGCGAAACUGCCUUUGAGUUUUACGUGAACUGAAGUUGAACAUUAAUGAGUUUAGUAGAUCAGUUAUAGUGUAUUUGUAAUUUUAAAAACUCCUGUUUCACUGAUUCUGGUACAAACCCCAAUUAUAAAUCAGGAAACAGUAGAUUUAAGUAAAAUUGGAAACCAAUAAAUUCAGUGUUUCUCCAAUUACUGCAUUAAUUUUUACUUGUUUUUGUCAAAACCUCAGGGCAGCAGCCGGGGUUAUUUGUAUUAUAUUUGUUAAUUUCAUGUUGUAUGAAGAAUUUGAGUAGCAACUUUUCCUGUGUAUAGUAGUACUGUCAUAAUAACAUGAAUGUUGAAAAAAAUGUUGGUCAAAGUGGUUUGUGUUUUGUUUUAGAUCAGGUACCAGCAAUUAGCGAGUUAGUGCCCUGAGUUUAUUGAUUAUGAAGCUGGCUGGCUGUGACGCAUUACACUGCCACUGUGCCUCCAAAGCUGUCACAUCACAUUAGUUUGUGUUGGACAAGCCAGGGAAUAAUAGUGGAUGGCUGUCUGGAAUAGCCAUAUUGCACCUGUUUUACAUUCAUAUGCCUGGGACAGUGCAUAUCAAUCAUUGUGAUGUGCCCAUAUCCAACGUCAAUAACGAUGAAGUUUGUUUGCCCCAUCUUCAGGCACUUAAUGACCAAAGUCUUGUUUUCAAUCUGGAAAGCUGACAAAGAUCAUUAAUACUGGUUUGACUCUGGCUUUAUUACUUAAUUAAUUUUUUUUUUUUCUUCUUCUUUUUACACUUUAUUCACAAACUGUUGGAUUACAUGACAAGGACGAAGUGCAUCAAUCAACCUGCUAAUCUGCCAGAACUGAUUCACAGUCCUUGUCUCAUAAAUUUGCCUUUUUUUUUUUUUUCAAAGCCUUCGUGGGCCUUAAGGUUUUAUUCCAGCUGAUCCUCAAAGGCUUUUUCAAGGACAGUAUCCUCAGUAAGGAAUUAAAUUUUCUUUUUUUUUUUUUUUUAAAUAUUGUCAAACUGACAUAGCUGCUCAUUAAUAUUCAUGCAACACAUUCACGCAAUGAUUAAGUCUUUGUCACAUGAAGACACCGUAAUUUUCCUUAAGGAAUAAUAAUUAAUGAGGAAGUAGCUCUGUCUUUUUUGCUCCACAUAUUUCAAGGAGCUGGUGGUUGGAAGACUGAACAUCUUAACACAGAAAUUAUUUUAUUUUUUUUCAUCACCACUGUCACUGUACAUAGAUACACAACCACACUGAGCGUCUGCAAAUGUCAACCAUAAGGUUGCGCUAGAGUUAACGUCAGAGGAUCACCAAUAAUUAGCAUUCAUCCUCUGAGAACCAUGGGUGUUGACAAAUUUAAUGGCAAUCCCUUGAAUGGUUGUCCCAAGUACUUCAGUUUUUACCACAGUGGUGGACGGCCCCCCGAGAGCCGUCUGCUAACACUGAUGCAGUACAAGAUAUCCAAACUAUCAGUGGCUUUAGUUCAAUGAUCUACAUCUAAAGGUGUCCUCACAUUAAUUUGACAAAAUCUUCUAACCCAGGAAGAACUUUCAAAAGCAUCACAGUGUUCAGAAGAAGAUGGAAGUUGUUCAUUUUACAGUGUUGAGUUGUUAUGAAACUUGGAUGACACCUUACAGUAAAACUGCUCAUGCAUAUUGUCAAAAUAUUAAGCCCUGAAUUGUAAGGUUGAUGAAUACAUGAGUACUGAAAUGCUCCUCAGAUGAUUUUUUCUCUAUUUAAAACAAAGUGUUUCUCACAGUACAAAACAUUUAUCAGACUAAUGACUGUUUGCUCUCUGGUCUCUCAACAGUUUCCCAAUUCUGUAUCUCAUAACAUGUAACAGCAACGGCUCACCGGCUGUCUGGGCAGGAACCCUUACACAGCUGCUAAAAGUGUACAGAAAGGAUAUAAACAGCACAUUACGCCAUUUAAACACAAAAAAAUACACAUAAGAUACAAUCUGCUCAAACAAACGGCACCACUUUAGGAAAGUCCUUCCUACCCCAUAGGCAAAAUGAAGAAGUAGACUAUUUUUGAGUGUUUGUUCAUCCAAAUCAAAUAAGAGUGUGAGAAGCCAGCUGCCUAAAAUUUGGCAGCAAAUAUUUCCAGCAUAGCAUUUCAUUUCAACUUUGAAAUGAAAUGUCUCACAAAAGCUC